UGCACACAUACAUAGCCUGAAUCUGAUACAUCACUAGCUUACUGAAAGAUGGCGAUGACGAUGGCGAUGGCGACAUCGGCAUGCAAGGGCGUGCUGCUCAUGGCGUUCGUGGCUGCCACGACGUCGCUGGCCGGGUCGUUGCAGUACGACUUCUACAGGUCGUCGUGCCCGAAAGCUGAGGAGGCGGUCCGCAACGCCACCCAGGAGAUUAUCUUGAAGGACCCGACCAUGGGUGCUGCCUUCAUGCGUCUCUUCUUCCACGACUGCUUUGUCAAGGGCUGCGACGCCUCCAUUCUGCUCGACCGGAGCAACAGCAACCCGCAGCCGGAGAAGAUAGCCAUCCCGCUGCGCGGUUACGACGCCGUGAACAAGAUCAAGGCGGCCGUGGAGGCCGUCUGCCCCGGCGUCGUCUCCUGCGCCGACAUCCUCGCCUUUGCAGCGCGUGACUCCGCCAUCAUCUCCGGAAGCUUCGGCUUCGCCAUGCCGGCCGGCCGCCGCGACGGGCUCAACUCCUCCACCUUCGACGUGGGGCAGGGCAUCCCUUCCCCGUCCUUCCAGGUCCAGGACCUCAUCAAAAGCUUCGCCGCCAAGGGCCUGAGCGCCGUCGACCUCGUCGCGCUCUCCGGCGCGCACUCCUUCGGGCAGACGCACUGCUCCUUCGUCACCGGCCGGCUGUACCCCACCGUGGACCCGACCAUGAACGCCACCUUCGCCGAAGCGCUGAAGAAGGUGUGCCCGCCGCCGAGCAGCGGCGGGGGCGGCCGGGUGCUGAACAACAACCGCGUGACGGACCCGAACGAGAUGAGCAACCAGUACUACAGCAACUUGAACUCCAAGCAGGUGCUCUUCACGUCGGACCAGACACUGCUGAGCAGCAACGAGACGGCCAAAAUGGUGAAGGAGAACGCCGACAACCCCAUCGCGUGGAUGGCGCGGUUCGCGGGGGCGCUGGUGAAUAUGGGCAAAAUCGAGGUGCUCACCGGGACCGCCGGCGAGGUCAGGAAGGUCUGCAACGCCACCAACAGCGGCAGCUAAGGCCAAUUAAGCUAGGAGAGACCGAGCUUCUGCUGCUGCUGCUGCUACUCUUGCAUUGCAUGGACUGCAAAUUAAUCGCAACGCAACAUAAAUUCCUUCUCGUUUCAUUUCUUGGCUCUUGCUGCUGUUGUAACUUGAGAGGUGUGCAAUCAGUUAAUUGCAAUUUCUGUUCAGUCCUUGACUCCUUGUAGCUUUAAAUAGUUUUAUU